AUGCCCUCCAUUGGGCGUCAUCGAAGUUAUUCAUUUAGUCAAAAAUCGAUUCAUUUCGGUCGAUGUGUUAAACGUCAAUUUAUUCGACGUUUUUCAUCUCUAACAUCACAAGUUAAUCAUUCUAGAAAAGAAAAUGUUCUUAGUUUACUUCCUCAAACUUACAAUAACACUUUCAACUUAAAUAAAUCGGCACUAUCAGAAUCAGGUAGAAUGCUUACAAUACUCAAUCAUAACCAAGAAUUACCUUCAAUAAUACAUAUUCCUCGAGCACCACCAUUGCCAGCGAAUUUCAGUGAAAAAAUUUCAUCCGAAACAAUAAAAUCAACUGAAUUCUCUAGAGCUAUUAAAAAUCACACAAGUUCAAUUACACCAUCGGGCACAGAUCUAUCGCAAUCCAUGCUUAUUCGGCCAAGUCAAGUCAAUGAAUCAUCAUCAAUAAUCCCAAUCAUAAAGUCAAAAGUCUAUGCAAAUCCUAUUGCUAAACCUAAUUUACGAAAUCGUCGUCGUACACCAUUGACACCUGAUGUUCUUGCUCUAACAAAACUUCGUCGUCCCGAACAUAUUAAAUCAAGUAUUGCACAACGAAUUGAAGAAUUAAAACAAGCUUCAUUAGUAAAUAGUCAAAUAUCCGAUGAGAAACCAUCGAUGAUUUCAACAGAAAAAACAAAUGAUCUUCUCGUUACAUGUGAAUAUAAAAAUAAUGAAGCAGAACGAAAUUGGCUUCAGCAACAAACACAAUCGAAUUCAUCAAUUCGAUUUUUAACUACAAAUAAUUAUUUACAAUUGAAUGAUCGUGUAUUUAUUAUACGUUCUAUUGAAUUUGUUGAUAAUAAAAGUGUUCGUUUUUAUGCUCAAGAACAAAACUAUGAAGAAAAUUUUCUCACAAAAUAUUUCAAACAAAUGAAUAUCGUUACUAUUUUAAUUAUUAGUAUAUUGCGUUUAAUUGAAAAUACUCUAUCCAAUUUAUCAAUACCAGGUAUACAAAUAGUAUUGAAUUUAAUUUAUGUAUUUAUUCUUAUUACUAUUGCAAUUAUUCUUUUAAUAAAUCAAAAAUAA